AUGGAACGAGCACUGCUCGAGUCCAGUCUUGGAUUCCGCCUGAAGUAUAGCACAAGCGGAAUCGAUGAAAAUCGGCGGCUGCCUGGCUUGGCUUUUGCGGAUGACGUAGUACUAAUGGCUGAGAGCAAAGCAGAGCUGCAGGCACUCCUGGACAUCUGUGCCACAGAAAUGACCUCGCUGGGUUUACGCUUCAACGCCAAAAAGACCAAGGUAGUGCCAUUUGCUGGAAACAUGGCUGAAUCUGUAGACCUCAAGCUGGGAAGUGAGAGCAUCGCCCUGGAGACUACAUAUAAGUACUUGGGCGUGCUACUCUGCUCUGAGGCCAGUAUAUACAACCAGCAGGAAGCCCAUAUCCGCCAAGCCUCACUGCGGGCUCAGUGCAUUCUUCGGCGCCGCAUCUUGUGGGGGUGCAACCGCUUCAUCAUGGUGCGGGACAUAUGGAAACUUGUGCAUGUUCCCUGCCUUACAUUUGCCAACGCAGUCUGCAUGACAGCGGCCACCAGAGAAUGGCUGGAGCGGCGGCAACGAGAAGUUGGCCGCACGGCGCUUGCGUGCCAUGGAAGAGUGGCGGACGAGUCAGUCCAGGGGGACCUAGGCUGGUCUUGUUUUGAAGCUCGCAAGGCCUCCAGCAAGUUAGUGUACCGGGGUCGCCUUCAAUUCAUGUGCAGAGAGCGCUGGGCAAGGCAGGUAUUUGAAUACCUUGCGGCAACGUGCAUACGUACCUCUUGGGUGAACCGGGUGUACCGGCUGGAAAAGAAGUAUGUAUCCUUCACAGAGCCGGUACAGGCUGAAACUGCAAGGCUCUAUACCAAGGAGGUGCGUAGGCGGGUGCGCCAGGGGCUCCGGAACCGGGGCGGCAGGGGGGGCCGUCGCCCCCACAGGUUCAAAACCAGUGGGGGCAUGCCCCCACACUAA